AUGAUAUUUCAACGAUUUACAUUAUUAGCUAUAUUUAUGCAAAUAAUAUUAAUUAAUGAAUGUAUGACAAAAAAAAGAUUAUGCGGUGAAGCAUUAUAUCGUCAUUUGAUAAGAGUUUGUACAUUUGGCUAUGAGACAAUGCCAUGCUUCAAAUCACGUUUCACUCCACUGAUAAUAGAAAAUGUUAAUAGUACGACAAAUAAUUUUCAUCGAAGAGCAAUUAUUGGAAUAGCAAAUCAGUGUUGCAAAAGCGGUUGUACCGUAUUGGAUCUCCGAACAACAUGUUGCUUUAAGUUAUCAUGUUUGACAAAAUGCUAUCCAAAAUCAAAUUAUGAAAAACGUAUUAGAAAUGUUACCAAUAUUAAAAUUAAUUAA